AUGUCGUUCUCUGGUAAAAAGUUUCGGAGGGUUAAAUGUGAAAACAUCAAAGAAUUAUUGGCAUCAACUCAUGCAAAUGAUGACAUCGUUCGGGUAAUAAAAACGAAGGCUCCGUUUGUGACUUACACUCUGUUAGACGGAAACACACUGCUUAUGGAUCUGGAAAUAGACGGCAAAAAAAUGUCCCAUACUUUUAGAUUAGGAGAAGAGCACGUUAUGAAGAAAAACGAUGGAGGAACGGUAAAAAUGACAUACACCGUCGAAGGUAACAGCGUUAUUAAACAAGUGAUAAAGAUGCCAGACGGAAAAACUGCUUAUUUUAGAAGAGAGUUCAAUGACAAUGAAAUAAAAAUGAUCGUGACAAUGGACGGAACUGACCUCACUGGUACAAUAUAUUAUGAACUGGUUCAAUGAUACACAAUAGAGGGUAAACUAAUUGAAUAUGCCCCGCUUUUUUGUUCAGUUAAAUGAAGCACAUUUAAAAUAAAAUUAUGUUUAUUUAUUAGGAAACCUAUGUUACACGGGAGCCAAUACGCCCCUGCCUCAAACUUGCAUAAAAUUGCGGUUAUAUAAUUAAGGACAUGUACCUUCUAAAAUGUUACAUCCUUUUUUUAUUACUCGUAUAAAAUAUUACUGAAUUUUAUUAAAAAUACGUAAUAAUACUCAUCCAGGUAAGUCGUUUUGAGAUACUAAAAAUUUUAAGGAUUUUGAAUUUUGUUCUCGACAACUAAAAAAGCAUACUCGCUCGUCUCAACGAAUUCGAGUACUAUCUAUCGAUUGGCGCUUGAAUUAUUUUAUUUAAUAGUUCGGUGUUUUUAAUGUAAGUGAGGCGUAUUUUCUAAGUUAUUUAUAUUCAGUAUUGUUAAAUCAGUAUUUGACAUGAAAUGAAAUUAUACAAUGAUAAUGAUCAA